ACGGCUCAAUCAUACAUUGACUCUAUCUGUGUUAAAACGUCUUAAAUAAAAAGUGGUUUAUUUUUUGAGUGGAAAAGAUAUUAAUAAAUCUCCAGUUCAAAUCCCAGAAAAAAAUAUAUAUAAAAUAAAGUGCAAAAAAAGUCAAGUGUAGAAAAAAUAUUAAUACGGAUUAUUUGAAUUUACCAAGAAACAAACACCUUGGCUGAGUGAGACACAAGUGACAUCCUGUGAAUUACAAAAUUUAACAAAAGCAACUGCAACAGCGAUCAAGUACUAAGUGCAAUUUGAUUUAUUCAAACGUUCCUUAGUACAAUAUACGUGAUCGAAUGUCAAUAAUUCUUGCCGUAGGCCUUUAAACGACAGAGAGACAGACAACGAAGUCAUGGAUAUGAAGCAUAUAACAAUCAUAGUCACUAUAAUGGUAAUAAUUGGGUAUUCUGAGGGAAAAGCCGCUUUGCGACGUAAGCCCAAAGUAUAUAAUGCUUUGAUAACAACAGAUGAAGAUUUAGUGCAAAGUAGAGCCUACCCAGUGAUACAACCAACAAUACAUGAAUCUGGCAUUGCUCACUAUGGACCUUAUGGUCCAUUCAAUCCAUAUGGUGUUUAUAAUCCACAUGUGGUAAGACUUGCUCAACCAAUUGCACCAGCAUUGACGCCGAAGGAGCAUCUACCAUAUCCAUUACCAUCACCGCAAUUUCCGCCUCAAAUUAUGCAGCAACCUUUAAUGCCACAACCUUUAUCUGGUUAUCCUUUACCGCAAAAUCCACCAACAGCCCCAGAAGCAGAAAAUCCACAAGCAGCUUCAAUCCCACCCACAGGUUUGGAAGAACAACCACAACCUACAGUACAACCUCCGACUGUGGCAAUGCAAUCAGCUCCUACAGAAUUACCGAAAGAUCCCAAUCAACCUACUAAAAUGCCUUCAGAACAAUUACCAAUACCUCUAAAUCAAUAUGGCUUACCACCUUCACUAAUACCACUUAGGCAACCGCAAUCAUACAGUCCUCGUGCUUAUCCUUAUGGACCACAACCUUUCCAUUUGCCACCAUACAGAUUCAAUCAAAUUUCUCCUUUGUAUUAUAAUACUUUGCCAGGUUUACGACAACAAUUUCUACCACCCUAUGACUAUCUGCCAACCGGUCCACAAUUUCCCUUGAGUAAUACAAUACCUAGAGAAAAAUUAUACCCUCAACCUCCCAGUCAACCGCAGCCACUACCGACAGUCGCACCAACACUCCCUCCACUUACUACCGCUGAAGAACCAACCGAAAGUUCAGUACCAUCCACAGAAUCAACAGCUCCUGAACCGGCUUUUGAAAAUAUAAAAAAUGGCUCAAAAAGCAAAGAUAGCAAUGUACCAGAUGUGCCACCUCCACCAAUACCAUCGGGAGCCAAGUCCAAACAAUCUUAAGUUGUCUUAUAUUUCUUUAUUUUAAAUAAUCUUAAAUAUAUUUGUGUAUUGUAUGUAUUAGACAAAUUUCUAUAAGUUAUUAAGUAUUUAUUACAAUUAUUAUAUUUUGGAUCUUUAAGAUACCAUUGAACAACAAACGAAGAUAUUUAGCUACAUAUAUAUGUAUGUCAUAAGAAAUCACUAUUAGAUUAAAUAAGAACAUAAAAACGCACUAUAAGAAACAAAUUUACUAAACUCACUUUACGAUUUCAAAAAUAAAAAGUAUUGCAAAUAAUUUUGUUAUGGAAA